GACCCCGCCCCCCAGGCUCACACUGCGGACUGCUCCGGGACCAGAACCCGACAGUGGGCUCGGACUGUUACUGUGUAGCGAUUGAUCGAUUGUGUAUUGGUUGGUGAUCAGGGGUCGAUCGUUGGCUCGUUGGGUUUGUCGGAGGGGAUGUCCCGGCUGCUGGAGAGCAGGAGACAGGACAGGAUGAAAGAAAUCAACCUGAAGAAUAAGGAGAAGGGGCGUCUGAAGGAGCGGGAGAAAGAGGCGCGAGAGAGGGAGGCCAGGUCCAGCAAUGGUCACCUGUUCACCUCCCUGACAGUGUCCUCCACCACCCUGUGCUCCUCCUGCAACAGGAGCAUCACGGCCAAGGAGGCGCUCAGUUGCCCAGCCUGUAAUGUCACCAUCCACAACCGCUGCAGAGACAGUCUGGCCAGCUGUGCCAAGAUGAAACAGAGGCAACAGAAGCUGUCGAUGGUGAGAAACAGUUCGGCUCUGCAGAAUGUCGCCAUGCGCACCAAAACUCCGAUGAUGAAGGAGCGUCCCAGCUCCGCCAUCUAUCCCUCAGACAGCCUUCGUCAGUCUCUGCUCGGGUCCCGACGGGUUCGUUCUGGCCUCUCGCUCGCCAAGAGCGUCUCCACAAAUAACAUCGCAGGUGUGAGUGAGGACUCUGUAGGUCUCAGGAGGAUUCUGUCUCAGUCCACUGAGUCUUUGAACUUCAGGAGCAGGACUUUGUCCAUGGAGUCUCUGACUGAUGACGGUGAGUGGUGGUGGAGCCCCCUGCUGGAGGAGCUGCAGGUGGAGGGUAGCUGUGUUCAGGCUGACAGUUGGAGUCUCGUUGUUCAACCAACCUUCCUGCAGACGCUUCAUAAAGACCUCAUUAAACAGCAGGAUGUUAUCUACGAGUUGAUCCAGACUGAGUUUCACCACGUGCGGACGUUGCGCAUCAUGGAGGGGGUAUACCGGAGGGGGAUGCUGGAGGAGGUGAUGCUAGAGGCGGGUGUGGUUCACACCAUCUUCCCUUGUCUGGACCAGCUGCUGGAGUGGCACUCUGGCUUCCUGUCAGAGCUGCUGAACAGAAGGAAGGAGGGUCUGAUGGAAGGCAGCUCCACCAACUUCACCGUCCGCAGGAUCGGAGACCUGCUGCUCAGACAGUUUUCAGGUCAGCCUGCAGAUGAAAUGAAGAAACUUUAUUCUGAGUUCUGCAGUCGACACCCGAAAGCUGUGAAACUCUACAAAGAGGUGUUAACUCGAGACCGAAGACUGCAGCAGUUCGUCAGGCGUGCAUGUCGGGGUCCUCUGCUGCGUCGUCACGGCGUCCAGGAGUGCAUCCUGCUGGUGACACAGCGAAUCACAAAGUACCCCGUCCUCAUCCAACGUAUCCUCGACAACACCAAAGGCAACGAGGAGGAGGCCCAGGCGUUGAGUCAGGCUCUGGUCCUCCUGAAGAAGCUGAUUAGCUCGGUGGACCAGGAAGUGCUGGAGCUGGACCGGACCAGGAGGCUGCAGGAGAUCCAGGCCCGUCUGGACCCCCGGGCCCAGGCGGAGGUCCGUGGAGGAGGAGUGUUCAGGGGAGGAGAACUGCUGAGGAGGAGGCUCCUCCACGAGGGGACGCUCCUCUGGAAAGUCCAAGGCUCCAGGAUGAAAGAUGUUCAGGUCCUGCUGAUGUCAGACAUCUUGGUUUUCCUUCAGGAGAAAGAUCAGAAGUUCACCUUUGCAUCACUGGACAAGUCUCCGGUGGUGUCUCUGAACAACCUGAUCGUCAGAGAUAUAGCCAAUCAGGAGCGAGGGAUGUACCUGAUCAGCGCCUCCACCCCUCCAGAGAUGUACGAGCUGUACGCUUCAUCCAAAGACGACCGCAGGACCUGGAUGAGCCGCAUCCAGCAGACCGCCCUCAGUUGUCCAUCCAGAGACGAGUUUCCUCUCAUUGAGACCGAAGACAAAGCUUUACUGCGCAGACUGAGAGCUGACAUCCAGCAGAAGGACAGGGAGGUGCUGGAGCUCCUGCAGGAGCGAGUCACUCUGUUUUCUGACCUGGUGGAGGCGACAGGAAGAGGAGGAGGAGAAGAAGAGGGAGGCGUGGAGCUAAGCAGAUCCUCCUCCAGGACCUCCUCCUCCUGCAGGAACCUGUUCAGAGCCGACACUCCUCACACUCCUCAGGGGGAGCCGCUCCUCAGCGCCUCCAUCACUGAAGUGGACCGACUGACCCAACUGCUGCUGGACUCCAACAUCCACAAGUCCUCCGUAACCAACGGCAACCAGGAGCUCAGCGAUGGUGACUCUGGUUCUCUGAAUGGUUCUUUUGAGUUGAACAGCAGCUCCUCAAAGGACAGAAACGGGAACCAGUUGCAGGAACGAAGUCUUAACGAGGAAGUCCGUCACCGAUUGGUCAGUCUGAGCACGCGGCUUCACGCCCUGCAGGCUGUUGUGAUUCGUCAAGACUCGAUUCUGGAGCUGUCAGUCAGGACAGGCCUCGCCCCCUCCUCUACUGCAGGCCCCGCCCCUGUCCCCCCCGCUGGGCCCCGCCUCAGUCGGUCGAUGUCGCGGGACACAGGACUGGACGCUGGCGGGGAGACGGUGCUGCUGCAGCGACAGGUGGAGCUCCUGCAGGAGGAAGUGACACGACUGCGUCUGAGGGGGGAGGAGCCAGCCAGAGAGGGGGUAGAGCCAGGCAGCAGGAAGAGGAGUAAGGGAGAGACCAGUGAUGUCAUCAAGGGAGAGCAGCAGGUGAGCAGGAGGCGUGGCAGCAGGGAACUGGAGCCCCGCCCCCUCGCCCCACUGGCCAGCCAGGAUCCAGUCGACCAAUUAGACGGCGUCCAGGAAGGAAAUGAGGAGGAAGAGGAGGAAGUGAUGAGGAUCUCUCCUCGCUCUGACAGCCCCAGAGACCUGCAAGACAUCCCAGAGGAGAGCGAGUGCGGAGCUGACCCCAGUUAACUUCUGCUGAUGUCACUGUGAUGUCACCGUGAUGUCACUGUGGUGUCACAGCCACUGUCAGACUUUUAUCAUGGAAGAGUGGGAGAUGAUGUCACUUCCUGUUUUCCAGAAGUGUGUUUGACCAUGUGACCUGUUUACAUCAUCACGUCAGCUGGAGCCCCGCCCCCAAAUGCUAGAGGGCGGGGCAUUAUAUUGGGAGGGCGGGGCUUAAAUCGUUUUAUAGGAGUUCCUGUCAAAGAUGAGACACACUACAUUACCCAGAAUGCCUUUGGCUAUCAACACCUGCAGUCGCCACCUGCUGUUCAGUUGCUGGGGGGGGUUGUAUUUAUGUCGUAACGUCAGUAGUUGAAUUGUAGAAACUUUUGUAGGAUUUUAUUUUCAGAACUCAGAAAGUUUCUGAAACAAAAAAACAGAUUUUUAAAUUUGGGAACAAAUUUUAAACGUUCACAGGAAGUCCUUUUUCAUAGCAGAAGGUUUAGUUGACCUCUUUCAGCCUGACAGGAAGACUUUAAGCGCUCUGUAUACUCACCGUUCCCGACCUGUAGCGCGACAACGUGACGUCACAGGAGCGCAAUAACUUUUUAUACUUGCACGUGGUGGUUGCGACACUAGUUGCAGUCUUCUCCUGAACAGAGGUGUCGCUAGUGAGGAAAGUCUACCGACUUUGUUAUUUCUACGCAUUAGAAGACGAAGAAGAAGAAAAAGUUAGUUUUUGGUUUUUUUUCCAAAUCGGUCGCGGAGGUUCUUCCAAAUUUUCCGGCAUAUGGCCUCCUCUUUUCCAAAGAGAAGAUUUCUCGCCAUGAAUUCUGGCACCUCUGGGCAUCUCUGUGUUCCUUCAUUGAAGGAUUGUACAGACCGUCCAUCUUCCUGUUUCCGCUUUGGCGCUCUCAGCUAAUAAAAAAAGAGUGGUGCGCGACUGGGCCUAAAUCCUGGCGCGCCAGCGAGAUCUACGCCAUUUUGACGUCACGUUGUCGCACGACAGGUCGGGAACGGCGAGUAUACACAAGCCUUUAGGGUGCAUUGGGGAGUCAUAAGGGUCUGGGGUCUAGAGUUGUCGGGGGCUGGAUUAUAUAUUGUAGUAGACAAGUUUAAAGAAACAGGAAGCUGUUUGCUGUCUGGCUGACAGCACUGCUGAAGAGAUCCUGUCUGUUAGCAUGUUAGCAUGUUUCCUUUCUACGUGUAUAGAGCUCCGAUGUUCCGUCGGACUGGUUGGUCUAAACCAAUCAGAUUGUUUUCAUUGACAUGUGUUUUUAACCAAAACACUUUAUUUACAGUGUGAUGAAGGACAAGAGCUGCUCUUCAUCAAACAAUAAAGUUUAAAGUCCAGUUCAGACCAAAGAUUCACCACAAGAACACACCGUUUUAGAGCUUGUCAGCUGUGUGAACGGACCCGUCUCCAGUGGUUGGUUUUAGAACAUCCGAACACGCAGAGACGUAUCGUACAGGUGCGAAUGCUUCAAACGCGCCUCGGCAAACCUUUAGCUGAAAAAUGCUAAAUAUUUUAAUUGAAACCACGAUGUGCCACAGGAACACAACGGUUCUGCAGCCGAUGGGUUCUAACCGAGACGCCUGUUUCAACAGCUAAUCAGCUCAAAACGAAAUCAGCCGGUACAAACUGUCAGCUGGACAAACAAGAUCAUCAGUUUGUGUGAAGAACAUCCUUAAAACCUUUAAAUCGACACUAAUAAUGAGAACCUGGCUCCAAAUCCUUGUUCAGUAAAAUGCAGCAGUUUAAAUCCAUCUAUCUGUCUGUCUGUCUGUCUGUCUAUCUAUUGAUCUAUCUAUCACUACUGAGAGAUUCAGACUUAACUAUACCUGCUGCACUUUCUUGACUGUAAUCUUAAAGAUGAUUGGCCCCGCCCCCAGUGACUGGAUUAACCAAUCAGUAACCAGUAUCAGGUGGAGUUUGUCUCCUUUAUAACAAACCAAAUAUCAUGAGAAUGUGUUCACAUUAAAGUUACAGUGGAGUCCGCAUACAGCAGCGACCAGUGAGGUUUCUCUAUUUAUAUUUUUAGGAUUAAUACAGCUUUCAGAUGGAGCAGCCAUGUUGGAUUUUGAGGUCAAGGUUCAUCAGACUUUCCUAGUUGGAAUCCGACUUCAGUGAACGCUCUGGUUGAAUGUUCGAUAUUCUGACUUACUCAGUUCAAAUGCUGUUGCUAUGGAGACAAUACACCAUCUCGCUGUAUUGGUCUGAACUGGACUUUAGAAACAUCACGUCGUUAACUGGAUGACUGUUGCCAUGGAGACAGUCUCAACUGGCUGAACCAUUCAAUGAACUGAAACCAAGAUGAUGAUGAUGAUGAUGAUGACGACGACGAUGAUGAUGACGAUGAUGACGAUGAUGACGAUAAUGACGAUGAUGAUGAUUUAAAGCAGCGGUUCCCAACCUUUUUCUGUCAGUCAGUAAACUGACUGUAAACAACAGAUCUGGAUGAAUUUUGAACAGAUUAUUUAGUUAUAGUUUAGGGAACUUUUUCUACAGAUCUCUGUAUUUUUAUGAUUUUUAACGAUCAGACUCAGGCUUCAAUGUUUCCUCGUCCCUUUACUUUUAUUCACAAAGUGAAGCAGAUUUAGGUCUGCUGUGUAUUUUUAAAGUUUUCUUAAUGCCUUAAAAGAGCUUGCGACCCCCCAUGAGGCUAUGGGGACCCCCAGGUUGGGAACCACUGAUUUAAAGUGUCAAAGAGUUUGAGUUCAGUAUUUCAUCAGGGAACAGAAAGACAAACUGAACGCUCUUCAUCACCCAUGUGACUGAAAAACGAUCACUUGACACAAAAACACCAAAACAGUCUUCAGUUCGUAAGUCUAAAAGUCUAAAAGUGUCUGCAGGAGAUAUUAAUGAAUAACUUCCAACUAAUGAAUACAUAAAUAUUAAACAUCAUGCUGUAUGGAAAGGACUGAAACUAGAGACUGAGAGCAGAAACUAUGAGCUCAUAAAUCAACUUCUCCAUAAGACUCCAUACUAUCAGAGUGGAGCUGCCCCCUGCUGGCUGUUAGAGAGACUGCAGCUGUAUUUGAUUAUUUACAUCUGUGUGUUUGUUGUUGAUGUUUCAGGUGUUUUUGUAUCAUGUGAUCUGAUGAUAAUGAAAAUAUGAAAUUUGAUGACUUGAAUCAGUUUGUUUGUAUAUUAAAGUUUAUCUUUGAGUCUUUUAUUGACGACAGCUGAUCCAGGAUCAGUGGAUCAGGGUUCAGACUGGUCUGGAGUCUGCUUUGUGUUUUACUGUAGUUUUAGAAAGUGUGUGUAUAAAGAUCUGAUCAGGAAACUGUAAAUGAUGUUUGUUGUAAGUUUAUUGAUCUGACUCAUAAUUCUAAUCAACUGUUUUUAUUAAAAUCAUAAAAUAUUUCCUGUUUAACUCACA